AUGAGUUGGUGCUUAAGACGCGAGCAACAUGAUGUUGGUUUGAUUUAUGAGAUUUCACUAGGUUUAAGAGAAAAGGUCGUUUCAAAUACACCUACCGAUUAUGCUAAACUAUUUACGAAACCGGACAAUCGACCAAACAUGAAUCAAGUGGUUGCUGAAUUAAAAGCAAUGUACGCAAGCGCAAGCGUAAUAUCAGAAAGUACCCAAAUAGAUAAUUAUAAAUUAAAUCUUCCAUUACCAAAUGAACGACGAGUUAACGUUAAAACGUCUACUUUAAGUAUAAGUUAUUUAUUACAAGAUUCGUCUCAAAAUAAUUAUAUGAUAGUUAAUCAAAAUGAUUCAAAUUCCAUUUUUUUAAUUGGAUAUCUUUAUUAUUAUGGAAUUGGAGUAUUUGAAAGCAAGGAGAGAGCAUUUAAUUUGUUUAUCAAUGUUUCGGAACGAAAUUAUACGUUGGCAAAGCUUUAUGUUGGAAUGUGUUACGAAUUUGGAAAUGGUGUUAGAAAGAACGAAAGGUUGGCUUUUAAAUAUUAUGAAGAGAUGGCCAAUGAAGAUUAUGCCGUAGGACAAUUAAGAUGUUGUUAUAAUAAUGGAAUCGGAACUGUGAUUGAUAAGCAUACGGCGUUUGAAUUAUAUAAGAAAGCGGCGAAUUUGGGAAACAAAAUAGCACAAUUCAAUCUUGCCCUUAUGUAUCAACAUGGAGAAGGAGUUGAUAAAGAUAUAAGGAAAACUAUUUAUUGGUAUAAAAAGUCUGCUGAACAAGGGGUUCAAAUGGCUCAACAAAAUCUUGAUCAGGUGGAGAUGCAACUAAUUUAG